AUGAUAAAAAAUGAAAAUAAAAUUGAUAUUACUGUACCUGUUAGAUCAAUUAUUGAUGAUAAAAAUAUACAUUUAAAUGAACUUUUUUUAAAUAUUAAAAAAACCACAAAUAAUAAUACUUUAAAAGAAAAAGUAAACUAUGAAAAAGAUAUUGAAAAAAUUCGAAUAAAAUCAAAUAAUGAUAGCUUUUCUUUUAUACCAAUUCAAUUGAAAAAUAAGACUAUAUUAAAUAUUAAUACUGAAUUAAAUUAUCUUUUGUUAAAAUCAAAUAAUUUACAAAAAAAAGAAAAUCAUCACGAAUAUUUGAAACACUUUCAAGUUCACGAUGAUAAUGAAAAAAUUGACAUUAUUAAUCAUGAUCAAGAUUAUUUUUCUUAUGACACUGAAUCUUUUCAUGUUAUAUUUACUAACAGAUUUUUUACAUAUUUAAAUGAUAAUGAUGUUAUUAAUUUCUUUUCCUCUUGCUUAACUUGGAUAAAAGAAGAUGGUUUUUUAAUCAUUAAUGAACCAUGUAUACCACUGAUUUCAGAAAUUACAUCUGUUGAAAAUUAUUUACUUCCUCAAAAAUACUCAAGAAGUGCUUUAAAUUAUAUAAAUACUAUUGAAUCUAUAAGAAUAAUUGAUAAAUUUGGAAAUGUUUGGAAAUUUUAUAUAGAUGUUUUAACUUCUAAUCAAACAUACAUUAAUUAUGAAAAAGAGUGGAGAUAUCUUAUGUUAAGGGCAAAAAAGUGUAGAACAAAUUUAAAUAAUAUAGAAGUAUCAAAGAUUAAUUCUGUAAAACAUUUAUUAGAAAAACUUACUAUACAUGUUCCUUUGCCAAAUUAUUGUUAUCAAUAUGCCUGUAAAUCAUUUGCUGACAAUAUUUUUUUAAAUGAAAUUGAAAAUUAUAAUAAUAUAUUUAAAAAUCAAAAAAAUUCAGAAGAAUUAAAAUUUGCAUACUUUAUUUUUCAAAAUCCAAAGACUGUUUGGUAUAAUAGAAUAUGUCCAUUUAGAAUUUCAGCAAAAAAUGAUACUGUAAUCUGGUGUAGUGAAUCAUCAUCUGAUUUUUAUGAAUAUUCAAUUAAUAAAGCUAAUUAUUUCAAGAAUAAAAAAAUGUUAUUUACAUAUAACAAUUCUCAUCCAAUUGAUGCACUAAAUGCUCCAUCUCAAACAAAUUUUGUUUUAAAAGUUUUUAUGAGCAUUGACAUUUUAAAUAAUUACACUUUAGGAUUUAAUCAUUUUAUUAAUACACAUUAUUUUCAUACUUCCCGAAUUAUUCUCCUUGAGUCAUAUAAAACAAAAGAAGAAAAAAAUGAAAAGAUAAAAAAAGUAUGGGAAUUUGUAAAAAAAUAUAAAAUAAAAAAUGUAACUAAAAUGGUACAUAAUGAAGUAAAAGAUACUUCUUUACCAGACUUAUGGAAAACAAAAAUUUAUUUAUUAAAAUGGAUGAUUAUUAUUAUGGAUUCUCAAGAUUUUUAA